GGGACGGGACGGGCGCUCCGGGACCGGGCACCGACCUCGGGACCGGGACCGACCUCCGGGACCGCACUGAGCCCCCGGGACCGGGACCAUGGCGGGGCUGGGGCGGUGCCAGCGCCAGGCGGAGGAGGUGACCGAGCUGAUGCGGCAGAACUUGGAACGGGCGAUGGAGCGGGAAGGGCACCUGGAGCGGCUGCAGAGCCGGGCCCAGGACCUGCGACAGGCGAGCGAGGCCUUCACCCGCAGCACUCGGGCGGUGACACGGCGACAGCGCCAGGGACAGCGCCGCUGGCUCCUGGUGGCCCUGGGCCUCGGCCUCUUCCUCCUCCUCCUCCUCCUGGGCCUGGGCCUGGCACUGGCCCUGGCACAGUCACCUCCAGCCACUGCCACUGUCCCCACCCCGCAGGCACGGACUGAGCCCCCCCAGCACCGUGGGGACCCUCUGACAACAGAGCAAUGGGGGGGCCCCAUGAUAAAUAAACAGCAGGAUUUGUUCGGGUAGACCCUACCAUAACAAAGCACUGGGAUGAUCUUCAGGGAGACUCUACAACAAAUAAGCACCAGGAUCUCAUUCGGGGAGACCCGACAAUAAUAAACCUGCAGGAUGAGCUCUGGGGAGACCCUACAAUAAAUACACACCCAGAUCUGCUUUGGAGAGACCCUACAAUAACAAACGUGCCAGACCUUCUUUGGAAAAACUGCACAAGAACAGAAGAGCAGGACCCACCCAAGGGAGACCCUGUAAUAAACACCAGGAGCUCUUUGGGGAGACCCUACAAUAACAAACCAGCAGGACCCACUUCAGGGAGACCCUACGAUAAAUCAGCACCAGUACAUGAUUCAGGGAGACCCUACAAUAACAGAGCAGCAAGAUGAGCUCCAGGGAGACCUCACAAUAAUGAACAUGCUGGACCCACUCUGGGGAGACCCUACAAUAAAUAAGCAUCAAGACUUGUUUGGGAAGGCUCUACAAUCACAAACCAGGAGGAGGAACUUCAGGGACACCCUACAAUAAAUAAAUAACCAGGAUCUGUUUUAGGGAGACCCUAUAAUAACAAAAGCUCCAGAAUCUGCUUUGUAGACACACUAGAAAAACAAAUCAGCGGGAUGAGCUCUGGGGACACUCUGCAAUAAAUAAACACCACGACUCAUUUGGAGAGACCCUACAAUAACAAACAUGCUGGACCCCCUCCGGGGAGACCCUACAAUAAAAGCAGCGGGAUGAUCUCCAGGAAGACCCUACAAUCAACAAACACUGGGAUGUGUUUGGGGAAACCCCACAAUGACAAAUAAGUAGCGGGAUUGAUUUGGGGUAGACCCCACAAUAACAAACCCAUGGGAUCUACUUCAGAGAGACCCUACAAUAGAUAACCACCAGGAUUUAUUUGGAGAAACCCUACAAUAACAAACCAGCAGGAUGAUCUUCAUGGAGACCCUACAAUAACAAACGUGCUGGACCCACUCGAGGGGGACCCUACAAUAAAUAAACACAAGAAAUUGCUUGUGGACAGCCUAUGAUAACAGAGAAACUACAAUAAAUAAGCUCUACAAUCUGUUUUUUAGAGACCCUAUAAUAACAAACCAAUAAGUUCAGCUCCAGGAAGACCCUACAAUAAAUGAGCACCAGGACCUGGUUUGGGGAGACCCUACAAUAACAAAACAAUGGGGCAAUCUUCAGGAAGACUUUACAAUAGCAAACAUAUUGGGGAGACACUACAAUAACAGAGCAGCAGAGUGACCCCUGGGGAGACCCCACGAUAAAUAAGCACCAGGAUCAGCUUUGGGGAGACCCUACAAUAACAAGUGUGCCAAACCCCUCUGGGGAGAUCCUGUGAUAUGUAAACCCCAAGAAUUGUUUGGGGACACCCUAUAGUAACAAACCAGUGGGAUUUGCUCAGAGUAGACCCUACAAUAACAAAGAGAUCUGAUGAUAAAUAAGCACCAGAAUCUGCUUUGGGGAGACCCUACAAUAACAAACCAGCAAGGUGAUCUUCAGGGAGACCCUACAAUAGCAAAUGGAUCCUACAAUAAAAAACCCACCAAAACCUACUUAAGGUAGGCCCUACCAUAAUAACUCCUUGUGUCUUCUCUUAAGAAACCCCACAAUACCAAAGCAGUAGGAUGGUCUCUGUGAAGACCCUACAAUAACAAAUGUGCCAGAUCCUCCAGAGAGACCCUAUGACAAAUUAGCACUGGGACUUGCCUUGGGGAGACCCUACAAUAACAAACCAGCAGGACCUUUCCAGGGAGACCCUACAAUUAAUAAACACUAGCAUCUAGUUCUGGGAGACCCUACAAUAACAAACCAAUGAUAUGAUCUCUGGGAAGACCCUACAAUAACAAACAUGACAGACCUACUUUGGGGACACCCUACAGUAGAUAAACACCAUGACUUGCUUGGAGACACCCUACAAUAAUGAAUCAGCAAGACUCACUUCAGGGAGACCUGAUGAUAACAAAUGAGCUGGACACUUUUUAGGGAGGCCCUACAAUAAAUAAACACCAGAACCUGCUUUGGGGUAAACCCUACAAUAACCCCCUGCCAUGCCUCGCUGCUGGGAGACCCUACAAUAACAGAGCAGGGGGGUGAUCUCCAGGGAGACCCUAUGAUAACACCCCCUUCCUUGCUCCCAGGAGACCCUACAGGUCCUGAUUCAGGGA